UACUUUGAUUGUUUGCCAGCUCUACGCAGUUAUGUUGUUCUGUUUCGGCUUUGUUUUAUCCCGUGUUGUUCGUUUUGAUUGUGUAUUUCAAUAAUAAUUAUUUUAUACACAGCAAUAAAUUAAUUAGAGUUGUAGAAGCCGAAGGACUAGCGAUUAAUGUGCAAGCGGCACGCUUUCAUGACUGAAAUUGGAGCGCUUGUCAAAUCACAAGAAAUUUUAUACUGUAACACACUGAACUAAAGUCGGCUUGUCGGAGGGGAAAUGUUCAAUUUCAUGAAGAAAGGCGUAUCUGUGGCCAGCAGUAAUGCCAGCGAUAGAGAAAAGGCCGAAAGGGAAGAGAAGGAGAAACGAAAACGCGAAAAGAAACUGAGGAAAGAUGGAAAGAAUGCAGCUGGAGUGUCGGGCAGCAUGAGUACAGAGGAGCUGCUUCGACUAGAUGAGGUCCGGCGGUCCUUGAAGAUACGAGGCAGGCGAAAGGAAAAAGAAAAGCUUCCCAGUGGAAUAACAGCUGACUACAGCGCGGAAUUUUUCGCGGCUUUGAAUGCAGACUCGGUUAGUAGUGAGUUGGAUCGUGGCAAUGAAGAAAUUGUAGCAUCUGUACAUACUACCAUUGAGAGCCGGUACAACGGCAAUGGAACCCCAACUAGUAAACAUUCCAUAAGUGAAUCCAUCACAUUCAGCAGUUCAGGAGGCGAUUUGGCCAAGAGCCGUUUUAUGCUUCCAGUCCCACCUAAACCCCCGAAACGUGGUAUUCUCAAGGGUUCCCGUAGUAAUAUAAGCAACAUUCACGAGGAGAUAACAAUUGCCUCUCCCGAUGCACUCAUGCGCAAUACAAUUCAAAACGAGUUGUUGUUCGAUGGUUCUCGGAGCAUGGGUGGUGCUGGUUCCAUUGGUUCUAGUUCCAGUCAACAUGGAACAUCGUUUACCUCUGUCGAAAGUUUGCGCAGUGAUGAGGGUGGUAUACAAAGGGCUAUGACACUUCCGACAAAUGCACGUUAUACCUCGCCACAUAUACAAUCUCAUGGGAAUCUCCGCGUUUUGACGUCACCGUCGCCAAGCGCAGAUAGUCUUACAGAUACUACAAAUUCCUCAUUUGCCACGCCUCCGUUUUCGUUGAGUCCAAUUGGAGAAUCUCAAGGCAUGGAACGUUGGUCUCGAGUUCAGAACUUCGAAGAUACCGAUCUACCAUUGCCCCCCAUAAAGCUGGUUAAGCUACCGCCACCGAGAACAUUGACCAUACGUCGACAGAAGUCGCCACGACAGGAUUUUGGUUUUAGUCUACGCAAAGCCAUGUGCCUAGACCGCUCAGCAUCUCUAUCGAAUCCGAUAUUUAAGCCCGUGAUCUUCGCCGAGCCUGGUGCCGGUGGUGGUUCUACAGGUCUAUUGCCAGGUGACCGUCUACUUAAAGUAAAUGGCACAUCUGUUUGUGAUUUAUCGCGUGAAAUAAUAAUCGAAAUGAUACGGAAUAGUGGUGACUCUGUGACAGUAGAAGUUCAACCAGUUUCAGAAUUAGUGGAACUAAGUCGACGCUGUAUGCCACAGAAGUGCUCUAAUGGCGACGACGACGAUUCAGAUAAUUCUCCAACAAAUAACGAUAACUGCAACACUUUGAAACGUAGUGCAAGUAAACGGAUCAAGCAGUCUCGCAAUGGAAAUGAAUUGCAGCAUGAAAGUUCACAAGACGACUGUACUGCGAUGGGUGAUAAUAAGAACAACAGUGGCGGCGAUCGUGUAUGGUUGGUACACCGUGGAGGAUUCUGUGCUGCUUUGCGUCUGCCCCAAACCAAGGCCCACAUGGAAACCCACAAGGUGGUGAUACAACUACUGCAUAAUGGCGAAGAAAUGACGGUGGACGAAGAUGACAUUGAGAAGCAAAACGACACCACUUUAGAUUUGGUUGAAGAUAUUUGCGAACUAAAGCAUUUGAACGAGGCGUCGGUGCUGCACUGCCUACGUCAGCGUUUUGCCAGUAACUUAAUACAUACCAAAGCGGGGCCCACAUUGUUAGUGGUCAACCCUAUGGCGCCUCUGUCACUGUACUCAGAAAAGGUUGUUUCCAUGUUUCGUGGCUGCAAGACUGAAGAUAUGCCUCCACACAUAUAUUCGCUGGCCCAAACCGCCUACAGGGCCAUGCUGGAGACACGCCGAGAUCAAAGUCUAAUUUUCAUGGGACGUUCUGGUUCGGGCAAGACGACCAGUUUCAAGCACGCACUUUACUAUUUGGCUUUGGCAGCAGGCUCGGUUAAUAACUUUCUCAAUGCCGAGAAAGUCAAUUCCAUUAACAUAAUUUUGGAAUCAUUCGGCAAUACGAAAACCUGCUUAAAUUCCAAUGCGACAAGGAUGACUCAAUUGCUAAGUUUAGACAUAGAUCAGUCUGGGCAGAUAGCGUCGGCUUCUUUACAGAUUUUGCUACCAGAGCGUCAGAGGGCUGGUCGGCGCCUAAACAAUGAGUACAGUUUUCACAUAAUGUCUCGAUUAUUAGCCGGUGCAGCAGGCUCUCUUCAAAAGGAACUCUAUAUCGACAGUUUGCCGGCUGAAGAUAACCAUCCGUUCGUGUCAUUGUCUCAAAAACUGGAAGAUCGCCAAAGAGCUGCUGCUGAUUUCAUGCGCACCACAUUGGCUUUCGAAACUUUGAACAUUGAUCCCAAAGCUGUGAAGGGUAUUUGGAGUAUAUUGGCUUCCAUAUAUCAUUUGGGCUUGGCUGGUGUAACGGUCGUAGGCAGUGGCGCGAAUGGCCGUACACAAUUUGCCAAUCCAUCGGCAGCAAGAAAGGCUGCCCUUUUACUGGGAGUAUCUUUUGAGGACUUGACUGGUGCAGCUUUUAAUGUCAAUACAUCGGGAAGCACAAGUCCCUCUAAAGCAUCCACUGACAGUUUAGAACUGGCUUGGGAAUGUUUAGACGCAUUGGUUAUUGGCCUUUAUUCCGAGGCAUUAGCUGCAGUUGUAGCCCUCAUAAAUAAAACUAUUUGCACUGCCUCGCACACAAUUGCUUCGAUAGUUCUAGUUGAUACACCUGGAUUCCAGAAUCCAGCCAGUUGUGGAUCACAAAUCGGGGCAACACUCUCCGAUUUGAAGCAUAAUUACUUACAGGAGCGUUUGCAGUUACUGUUCCAUCACAACACCUUGGUGGCGCCAAGGGACCGUUAUGCCCAAGAAUUAGUUGAAAUUGAUACUGAAUGUAUAUCUGAACUAAGUCCAGCUCCUUUAGUGGCACUGAUUGAUAAGGCACCACAAAACCACGUAGUUCGUUCUUCCCAAAGAGACUUAAGGGAACAAGACCGGCGAGGUCUAUUGUGGCUUUUAGAUGAGGAGUCCAUGUACCCCAACUCAAAUGAUGACACAUUCCUUGAGCGGUUAUUUUCGCACUAUGGAGACCGGGAACACCAAGCGCUCAUGCGGAAAUGUACAGGACCAAAACAAUUCGUAUUACAGCAUUUACAGGGCACAAAUCCAGUCUUAUACAGUGUCAACGGUUGGGUGCGAAAUAGUCGUGAGCAUCCAGCCAUACGAAAUGCUGGUUCACUGCUGCAAGAUUCAUCGCGAGACGAAAUUAGUCGCCUCUAUAUUGGAUCAUUGACUCGUAGCUCUGGUGGUAUCGUCUUUUGCGGCUCAUUUGCCGGUCUAGAAGGUACUCAAUCAUUACGUCGUGUUUCCAGUAUUCGCAGAUCAUUUACCUCGGCUGGUGUAAAACGAAAUUCCAUUAUGUUGCAAGUGAAAUUUACCGUUGAUGGCAUCAUCGACACACUGCGACGUACCGGAACUCAUUUUGUGCAUUGCUAUCUACUGCAGCACAAUGCUGGACAGCAUUCCUGUCUUUCCACAAAUGGCUCACCAAACACGACGGCAAUUCAAUGUGCUAAAGAAGAUCUUGUCAAUAUUCCACUUCUGAGAAGCCAAUUGCGGGGUUCACAGGUAUUGGAUGCUGCACGAUUGCACCGAUUAGGCUUUCCUGAAUCUGUACCACUCGCCGAAUUCGAAAGACGGUUUGGUCUUUUAGCUGGCGAGGGUAGCAAAGAUGUUGUCGUCGAGCAAAUACUAUCAGCGAACGAAAUAGAUCCUGCUACUUAUCGAAUAGGACCAAGUCAGAUUCUUUUCCGUUCCGGCGUUUUAAGUGAACUCGAAGCUAAACGUGACGAAUUACUAUCAGAUCGCAUCAUACAGCUGCAGGCCUAUUGCCGUGGCUAUCUAGCGCGCAGAGCAAUGGCACAACGGAGAGUUCAGGAAUUGGCGGUCCGUUGCAUACAACGGAACGUGAAAGCUUUCUUAGCUGUCCGAGAUUGGCCAUGGUGGCGACUGUUGGUACGUGUCACACCUUUAUUGAAUGUGCAUCGCACCGAAGAACAAUUAAAGUCUGCCAAUGAAGAGUUGGUGGUCCUGAGGUCGAAACUGGAAAGAAUUGAAAGUGAUCGAAGCGAACUAAAGACUGAGAAUCAAAAACUCGAAGCCAAGUUAUCCGAGAUGGCAGUGGAUUUGGCAGAGGAGCGAUCAACGGCCAAUAUGGCAACGGAACGUCUGGAAGGUGAGACCGCCGAACGCUUGCGCCUGGAAAAGGAGUUAUCCGAAAAGGAAAACAAGGUCAAGAAACUGCAAGAGACUACUGAGAAGUUGGAAAUGGAGUUAAUCUGUGCUAAAUCCGACCUCAAUGGCAUCUCCGAAGAGGAAGACAUCGACAACGACGAGAACGGGUCCGCGGGCGGGGUCUACAAACUCAAAUACGAGCGGGUAGCAAAAGAAUUGGAAUUUACCAAACGUCGCCUGCAAACCCAACACGAACAUGACUUGGAACAGUUGAUAGGCUUCAAGAAACAGCUUGAGAAGAAGCUCAACGAUGCCUAUGAAGAGGUUGAAGAACAGCGUCAGGUGGUUGGCCAAUGGAAGCGCAAAGCCCAGAAAAUGACAAAUGAGAUGAAUGAUUUGCGCAUGUUGUUGGAGGAACAAAACGCCCGUAACAACCUAUUGGAAAAGAAGCAACGAAAAUUUGAUUCCGAAUGUCAAGCCCUGCAGGACACAGCCAGGCAAGAAAGGCAGGCCAAAGAUCGAUUAUCGAGAGAGAAGGAUAUACUGAUUGCAGAGAAAUUUACUCUGGAGCAGUCAUUGGCGGACACUCGCCUUGAGCUCGAUCUCAAGGAGGAGAAGUUGGCUUCGUUACAACGAGAAUUGGAAGAGAUGACUUUUGGCGGUGGCACGGAGGAAGAGAUUGCUCAACUGAGGCGCUCCAAGAAUGAGUUGGAUCGUAGAGUCAAGGAACAGGAGGAGGAAUUGGACGAAAUGGCGGGUCAAGUGCAAUUACUAGAGCAAGCUAAACUUCGCUUGGAAAUGACAUUGGAGACUAUGCGCAAGGAGGCGCGCAGAGAGGCUCAGCAGAGAGAUGAGGAACUUGAGGAGGCCCGUGGCUGUGCGUACAAGAAAAUUAAAGCUCUCGAAUGUCAACUGGAAACAGAGCAUGAAGAACGGACACUGUUGUUGAGGGAGAAACAUGAACUUGAAAGGCGUUUGGCUUCAAUGGAAGACCAAGAUCGUGUCGAUCGUCAAGCCGAAGAGGCGGCAAAUCAAAAAUUACGCCGCGAUUUACGUAAAUACAAAGCAUUGCUCAAGGACGCCCAUGCCCAGCUGGAGAGAUUAAAGGCCGACACACCUGGGAAAACAUUGAUUAGGCAGUUGCGCAACCAACUGGAAGAUGCCGAAUCUGCACGGACACUGGCCAUGAAAGCACGUCAAACAGCUGAAGCUGAAUUGGCCGAUAUGCAAGCCAUGUAUGAGGAAUCCAAUAGGGCCCGUAAUGAGGCUGAGGACAGAGCAACGGCGGCCCAAAGAGAACGAGGCGAACUCCAAGCCCAAAUCGAGGAGAAUGAAGAAGAAUUGGCCGAACUAAUGAAGAAGUACAGCGCCACAGUUAAACAAUUGAACACAGAACAAAUUGCAGCUUCGGAAUAUGAAUUCAAGUUGUCAGAACUGGAGGCCGAACGCAACAGUCUCAAAGAACAAGUGAACGAACUGCAACACAGGUUGGAAAAUAUAGAAAAUUUAGCCGAUCCGUCGGCGGCAAUGAACUCUAAAAGGUUGGAAUUGCGCUCAAAAGAGCUGGAGUCCCGCUUGGAUUUGGAACAGGCCACAAGGUCUCGUCUUGAAGUCCAAGUGAAUCGUCAAAAAGAAGCAAUAGAAAGACUACAAAACGAAUUAUCACAAUCAAAGGUCAGAGAGAUGCAGGCUCAAGAGGCACUCAAGAAAUCACAAAAAAGUCUACGGGAAUUACGUGAGGAGUUCCAUGCUGUUUCCGGCAGAGAACAGGAGUCCACAGCCAAACGCAAAGACUUGGAAAAGAAAGUAGAACAAGUGGAAGCAGAGGCUUCUGCUUUGAAAAACGACUUACGGCUUGCACUGCAGCGUAUAGCAGAUCUGCAGCAGGCUAUGGAAGAAGGCGAUGAAGAUUUGUCGGAUAGUGAUGAUUCCCGCAGCACCGAUGGUUCCAUUAGCGAUUUGGAGGAACGCCUUAAGCCCAUUCAGACACGAAGACAAUCGUUACAGAAACACAACGGUGGUCCGACUGUCAGCACCACAACCACAUUAGUGCGUGAGAAAUCUGAGAAUAGUCCCAGAAUCACAUUGACUUCACCCUCCUCGCCCCACAUACAUAAGCAGGCUCUUUUGGCCUCUAAGCUACCCGAAGACCACCCCACACAGACUUCGCUAAUCAAGAAUAAGAAUCUUUUAAAAGUGUCAACAUAAGAUACAACAUAUGGUACACCAGCACGGGUACCACAUGAAUAAUUGGUUGUAAAGGAUCUUGCGGAAUAAGAUUAAACUAAAGCGGCACAAUUUUUCCAUACUUUUCAUACUUAAUUCUAGUGAAGACAUAAGGAUAUUAGAAAAGAUUGAUAAGUUUACAAGGCAACGGACAAUUGCUGCCCAGACACCCCAAUCAUUCGAUAACACCAUCACCAUCACCACCACUUCCGAAUAUGUUACUUCGGAUCAAACUCAAAUGAAACAUACGAAUGAAUAACAAAGUAAUAACUACUAUUUUUUACCACAAACCAAUUUCAUAUUUCAGCCUUCGAUAUUGAAUGGAAGGAGAUAUAUGUAUGUACGGAGACCAGCCACUACCCAAAAUAUACACAAACGUCGAAUAAGGUUUACAAAUGCUUUAAUUUCGUAUAUAUAUAAAUUUAUACUAUAUAAACAUAAGCCAAGGUUGCAUUGUGUUUUGUUUACAUUUUAUCUGUUUGUACACUUUUUACUUUUUAGUUGUUUGUUUCUUUUGUUUUACUGCUUUAGUUCAAUUUAUAUAUUUCAUUUUCGGAACCACACCAUUGGCGUUCGUUUUCUUCUGUAUUUAUGUAUGUAUAUGAUUAUUUUUUUUAUUAUUAUAGAUAUUUAUUUAAAGUGUUUUUUUUUUUUUUUUUUUGAAUUUAAUAAUAAUUAUUAUAUAAAUAUAAAUAUUUAUUAUAAAUGAAUUAACAUGAAUUGUAAUGAGAAAUAUAGUAGUAAAACACGCAUUAAAAAAUAAAUAAUUGUUUGAAAUCUUAAUUUAAUUUUUUGUUUGUUAUUAUUAUUACGAUUAUUAAAAUUAUUACCAAGCGCUGGUUCUGGAGUCGAAAUCGUAAUCGGAAUCGGCCACGGUAGAAUAGCUAUUGAAUUAUUAUGCUUUUUUUUUAAUAAAAUGACAUAUCAAAGUAUUUAUACAUAUAUAUAUUUAAUAUCAUCGUAAUUUAUAUUAGAUCAAUAUCACUUAAAACCAUUUAUAACAAAACUAACUUAACCAAUCUUAUCCUAUAUCUUGAAAUUCCUAUGUUCCACUAAAUACAACGUAAUCAUCAUAUUUGUCAUAUUGCAACAGCAAGAACAAAACAAACUCCAAAUUAAUUGUCAUACGAAAUCCUAAAUAAAUUUUUUUUACAUUUUAACUCAUUGUAUUACAAAACAAAAGCAAAAACAAACAAAAAAAAAAAAACAACUAAUAACACCCAUUCGUAUCAUCAUCAUACACGAAGCAUAAUUUUAUCGCGAAAAAUAUAUUGUUAUUAACUCGAAACAACAAAUGAAAA